AUGUCCACUCUAUCUAGUUUUUCCUCCCAACCAAACCCGAAUCCGAACCCUAAUUUUCCCUCGCCGAUGCUCGAACCGUACCUCGAACAGCAGCAAGAAAUGCAACCUGACCCGCCCGAUUACGAACCCCAAAACGAUGACGUAUACUAUUCUGAUGACAACAACAAUCCUCCCCGGAGUUUCGUUUUCCCAGACCCAGACCCGAAUUCGGUUUCUGGGUCAAUUCCCACGCUCCUUCAUGUGUCGUUUAACCAAGACUACGGCUGCUUCGCUAUGGGCACUGACCAGGGGUUUCGAAUCUAUAACUGCGACCCGUUUCGUGAGAUUUUCCGGCGGGAUUUCGACUGCAACGGCGGCAUCGGCACGGUGGAGAUGCUUUUCCGGUGUAACAUCCUGGCCCUCGUCGGCGGUGGUGAAACCCCUCAGUAUCCACUAAACAAGGUCAUGAUCUGGGACGAUCACCAGAGUCGCUGCAUCGGGGAGCUCUCCUUCCGGUCGGAGGUCCGCGGGGUCCGGUUACGAAGGGACCGGAUUGUCGUGGUCCUCGAGCAGAAAAUUUUCGUGUACAAUUUUGCGGAUUUGAAGCUGUUGCACCAAAUUGAGACCAUUGCGAAUCCUAAGGGCCUUUGCGCGGUUUCGCAGGUGGCCGGGUCGUUUGUCUUGGUUUGCCCUGGGUUGCAGAAGGGGCAGGUUAGGGUGGAGCAUUACUCGUCGAAGACGUCCAAGUUUAUUUUGGCUCAUGAUUCGAGGAUCGCAUGCUUUACGCUGUCACUGGACGGGAAUUUGCUUGCCACUGCUAGUAGCAAGGGGACACUGGUUCGGAUAUUUAAUACCCAUGAUGGCACUUUGUUGCAGGAGGUAAGAAGGGGUGCAGACAGAGCAGAAAUAUAUAGCCUGGCAAUCUCGCCCACUGCCCAGUGGUUAGCAGUUUCAAGUGAUAAGGGUACUGUUCAUGUUUUUAACCUCAAGGUUAGUUUAGGAAACCUUGGAAGUGAUAGCUCCGAUAGUCCGCCUGAUCGAAAUCUUGCUGCAACCACAUCUAGUUCUUCUCUCUCGUUCAUCAAAGGAGUGCUGCCUAAGUAUUUCAACUCUGAAUGGUCAGUUGCUCAGUUUCGUUUGCUUGAAGGUGCUCGAUAUAUUGUUGCAUUCGGUCAUCAAAAGAAUACAGUAGUGAUUCUUGGGUUGGAUGGAAGUUUCUAUCGGUGCAAGUUUGACCCGGCAACUGGUGGAGAGAUGACCCAGCUGGACUAUCACAAUUUCCUUAAGCCUGAAGAAGCUUUCUAA